UACCCUUUCCCACUCUGCCACCGUUACUAUAUAUACUCACUCACGCCCCCACCGCUACUCUCACUUCUCGCCACUCCAUUUUUAUUUUUCCGAUUCUUUAUUCAUUUUCCUCGUCAAUAAAUAAAUAAAUACAAACCCACAUUUUGGUUUCAAUUUUAAUUUAAGGAAUCUAUAUUUCCCACAUGGCGGGCCGUACACUGGGAUCCCCUGUCCCCCCACCAGCUGUUGGUGAAUACUCCACCGACGACGUUGAGAAACAGUCGGAGCUAGCCGCUGCGGCUCCCCCCGCCGCCGCAAAGGGCAGCAGGACCAAAAUUCUUAUGCUCGUAUUCUCCGCCGUGUUCUUGAUCGCCUCCGCCGCUGGGGUGGUGGCUUUUGUGGGAUUUGGGAAAUCAUCGGAGGAGGUCAGGGUUAAUGUGAGGCCCACUCAGGCAAUUUCCAAUACCUGCGGCAUGGCUAGGUACCCGGAACUCUGCGUCGACUCGCUGCUCAAUUUUCCCGGCGCCCUCACGGCGGCGAACAGCGCCGAGGUCAGUCAAGCCUCGGUCAACUUGACCCUGCAUAACUUCGGGCUGGCGUUGACCUCGGCGCCCGACAUCGGCACCAUUCCGAUGAGUGCCCUGGAGCGGUCGGCGUACGAUACCUGCCUCGACCUCCUCGCCGAGUCGGUGGACCUUCUGUCCCAGUCGUUGACCGCCAUCGGAGAUCAGCGGUCGUCGGAGGACGUCCAGACGUGGCUGAGCGCCGCUCUGACGAACCAGGACACCUGCGCAGAGGGGCUUCUGGAAGCCGGCGCCGGGUCGCCGGUGAAGGCCCGCAUGACGGAGAAUUUGAAGGACUUGUCCGAGCUGGUGAGCAACUCUCUGUCCAUCGUCGCGCAGACGAAGAAGGGUAAAGAAGACUUCGACGGAGUGCCGAUUGAGCACCGCCGCCGGAGAUUGUUGGAGCAAGAGGAUUUCCCGGAAUGGGUGUCUCGGAGGGAACGGAAAUUGCUGAUUGUCACGCCGGCGUGGAAUAUGUCCGCCGACAUCAUCGUAUCAAAAGGCAACAUAACAUUUAAUCGGACACGACCGGCGAUCAUUGUGAAGACGAUCGGCCAAGCGAUCAAGUUGGUGCCGGAAAACUGUACUACCCGGACAGUCAUUUACGUGACGGAAGGAAGGUAAGAGAUCUUCUGAAAAUGUUUUCUUUAAUUUAAUUAAUUAAUUAACUAAUGAGUUUUUGAAUUUUACAGGAAAUUAUUAGUAUAAUGGAAACAAAGAUACAAUAGGAAUAAUAAAAGUCAACAUUUUUUGGUCAACUAAUAAUAAAAGUAAUCAUCACUAUCGAUAAUUAACUCAAUUUUUGAUAAUUAAAUUUUACAUCUUCAAAAACUACAUUAAAAUCUCUUCAAAGUUGCAAACCUUAAAUCAGAAUAUAAUUAAAAAUUGGUUUUCUAAUUAAGCGAAUAAAUUAAAAUGAAACUGUUUGACCAAUGAAACUGUUUGACCAAGAAAAGUCAAAUUUGUAAAUCAAUUUGGGACGGAAGGAGAUAGUAUGCUUUAAAUUACUCCGCAUUAUGAACCAAGAUUAUAUUCUUAUUAUUGUAAGAUGGUCCCAAUCCUUUAUCCCAUAUACAUUUUCUAUUUGAAUAGGAAAGUUCUAAUGCAAAAUAUAUAUGGAGACUGCUUCACAUAUGAGAAACCGUGUGUACUUGCUAUUAGGUGGCAUACAAUUUCGUGUCGAAUUGUUCGUCUCAAAACUCUCUCCGGUCUCCAUAUGUCAAAAGUUGCAACUUCUAUUUAAAAAAGUUUAACGUUAAACCUUAUUUAAGCUACACUUGUACUUUAUAGUUUUUAGAAGCCAAUAAGUCAAAAGUUGCCAAAAAACGAGUAAAUGCUUUUUAAAAGGAUAGUAUAUGAUACUCAUUAAAAAUAGAAAAUGGUGUAAGUUACAAAAGAUUUUAUUCUUUUUACAGUAUUAAAGAUAUCUUUGAUCAAAAUUGCCAUGUACUCCGUAUAUGAUAUGCAUUUUCUUAAGUUUUUUAUAUUCUUUUUUUGUACCUACUUUAGUUUUUUAAAUUUUGGUAUCAAUUUGGAUAAAGGAAGAACUAGUAGUAAAUUGUUUUGGUAUCGAAGAACUGUAUUUCGUGUGAAACUGUUAUUUUAUUUUAUUUAUUUAAAGUACUUGUUGUGUUUGACGCAGAUACGAGGAGAAAAAUCUGAAAAUUGGAAAAAAGAAAACCAAUAUAAUGCUGGUAGGAGAUGGAAUCGGCAAAACAAUAAUUUCAGGAGGAAGAAGCGUCUUCGAUAACAUUACCACCUUCCAAACCGCCUCUUUCGCUGCGACUGGAAACGGUUUCAUUGCAAGGGACAUAACCUUUGAAAACUGGGCAGGAGCGGCGAAGCACCAAGCGGUAGCUCUCAGGGUGGGUUCGGAUCAUUCGGUCAUCUACCGCUGCGAGAUCAAAGGGUACCAAGACACCCUCUACGUUCACUCGCAGCGGCAGUUCUUCCGCGAGUGUGACAUCUACGGCACAGUCGACUUUAUUUUCGGUAACGCUGCCGUGGUCUUCCAAAAUUGCAACAUUUACGCCCGGAAGCCAAUGUUGAGCCAGAAGAACACCAUCACGGCCCAAAGCCGAAAAGACCCCUACCAAAACACGGGCAUGUCCAUCCACAAUUGUAGCAUUUUGGCGGACAAUGACCUCAAGCCAUUCGAGGCGAACUUCUCGACCUAUUUAGGACGACCAUGGAAAAUGUACUCGAGAGCCGUCGUCAUGAUGUCGUUCAUCGACAAUCAUGUUCAUCCUCAGGGCUGGCUGGAAUGGAACGCGACAUUUGCCUUUGACACGUUGUACUACGCUGAGUAUAAUAACACCGGGCGCGGGGCGUGGCUGGAUCAACGGGUGAAGUGGUCCGGAUUUCAUGUUCUCAAAACCGCAUAUGAGGCUGGCAUGUACACCGUUGCUAAGUUCAUUUUUGGGUCAACAUGGCUUCCUCAAACUGGUGUUGCUUUUGUGUCUGGACUUACUACUUUGUAGUGCGGAGUAUUUAAUAAAUACUCCGCACUAGGUAAAAUUAUAUUUGGGCCGGGUGUUGGUUAAUUGUUAAUUUCUUAUGUGCACUACAUUUGGGCCGGGCGGGUAGUACAUACUACAUAUAUAUACGUAUAAUACUCUUUACAUGACAAUUAUACACCAACGAACAUAAAUUGGUUUCAUACUUUCAUUACAUAGAUGAUCAAUUGAUCAUAUAUAUAAUUUAAUUAUUAUAUAUAGGCAAUUAUUUGGAACUACAAAAUAUGUAUACCUAAUGUGGAUUGCUGACGUGGAAGCUAGCUUAGCUAGGACGAUGAUCGACAUUGUAACUCUGAAGUUUGGGUUUCUUUAUUUGUAUUGAUUGCAAUUCAUUCAACAAUCCUGUAUUUAGUACAUUGAAGUAGGUGGUCACGAUUCAUAAGGAAAAGAUCAGUUUAAUUUGGAAAUUUGAUGAAGAGAGUGUAUAUAUGGUGACGUGAAAGUCUAUUGAUUAAUGUUCAAUCAUUUAUGUUACUCAAUCAGCAUUAAUGCUGGCCUUGUGUACUUGUCGGUCGGUGAGAGUAUAAAUGCAUUGACCUCGGCCUUGGGGAUGGAAUGUGGUGGUUUUCUUUAGUAGGAUGUUUUUAUUAGGAUGUUUUUACUUGUUGGUCUGAACUGGUCUGGUCUGGUAAGAUUUGAUUUCUUUGUAUUUUUAUAACUAUCCAAGUUUGGUCUGAACUGGUCUGGUACGGUCUGGGACAAAUUACAGUUCAAGUAAAAACAUUCUAAUGAAGAAACAUUCUUAUAAAAUGACUAAAACAUAUUAAAAGUGCAAUUUCCAUAAAAAAAAAUAUUAGUAGUGCAAUUUUUUUAAGAUAAUUGUGUCAAAAUUUACAUAUAAAACACAGCGAGUUUUAAAAUUUUAUUUGAUGUCUUUUCGAUUUAAUUUUUAGCUAAAAUUUAAUGAGUAUAAUCUACAUUUCAUGAGUAACAUGCUCACAAAAUUUCUGCAAACAAAACCAUCUGGAACCACCUUAAAAUGAGGUGCUCGAACGGCAGGAAUAUUUGUGUAUGGAUUAUAUUUAAACUAACUAAAUAAUUGAAAUAUAUUGAGAACGAGAUAUAUUUGAUUACUCAUGUAUAUACACGAUAAAAACUAAGUAAAAUUAAAGACAAAGUUUCAGAAAAUGCGGGAUGGUAGCCUAGGUUAGGCGCAAGUUUGAACAUGGUUGAAGGCAGCGGAUCUACAAAGUAGAUCUCCCUGAGUCAGCGAGGGGGUAAAUAGAACUAUCGGCGAGUGCAGGAGUUUUGGUCUUCUUGUUGUUAGAUAGGUUUGGGGCGGACGUUUGUGUGAAGGAGGGUUGCUCUGCGCACAAGAUUCGAAGCCAGGUACAAUUCUAAUUUGGAGAUAGACACACCUAACGCACAACAAGAUGUGGAGAGGUUAGCACACAAAUAUGGCAACAUGGAGAUGAAUGAUGACGAUGAGAUCAUACUAGUGGAAGCCAUGGCUCCUGGAGCAGGGGAGAGGAGUUGUAGGGACUAUCACCAUGGAAACGUCAAUGCAUUUAUCUUCUUUUCGUGAUAUUAUGGCAUCCGAGUGGAGACCGACUAAGGGGGUUACUAUCCCUCAGUUGGGGAACAUGCGUUAUAUGUUUCAAUUCUAUAAUAUAAUGAGAAUCAUACAAUGCAUGUUUUAGAGGAAGGUCCCUGGAUAUAUGAUCAAAACCUUAUCAUUCUGCAUAAGCUUGGGAAAGGGUCUGGGAUUUACCUAUGAUUGUGCCCCUGAAUAAAGCUGAGUUUUGG